AAUAGGCAAAUCCAGGAAUAGCAAGGCAAUCUAUAUCUCUAAUGAUUUCAUUCCUUCUUUUCUAUCCUAGCUGUACCUUCAGAGAUUUCUACAUUUUUCCAAGACCAGCAAACUAUGAAGAAAUCCCAUGGAUCCUUAUCGUUUGAGGAUGUAACCGUGGGUUUCACCCAGGAGGAAUGGCAGCACCUGGACCCUGCUCAGAGGACACUGUACAGGGACGUGAUGCUGGAGAACUAUAGUCACCUCAUCUCAGUCGGAUAUUGCAUCCCUAAACCAGAAGUGAUCUUCAAGUUGGAACAAGGAGAGCAGCCAUGGAUAUUAGAGGAAGAGUCUUUAAGCCAGAGCCAGCCAGAAGUCUGCGAAGUUGAUAACCAACUAGAGCAGAGUCAAGAAAUCCAGGACAGACAUUUCUGGCAAGCUCCAUUUAUCAACAACAAAACACUGACUAUAGAGAGAGGUAAUGUAUUAGGAAAAAUGUUUAAUUUUAGCACAGACCUAUUUCCUUCCAUAAAAAUACCCAGUAAAUGUGAUUCAUGUGGUAUUAGUUUGAAAUACAUUUCAGAAUUAUUUAUUAAUAAGAAAAACUAUUUAAGAAGGAAGACUGAUGACAUCAAUGCAUUUGGGAUGUUGUUCCUUCAUAUUAACCAUGAAAAAACUCACAUGGGAGAGAAACCGUAUGAAUUCAUUCAAAAUCAGAAAUACCUCAGUGAAAAUGAAGACUUCAUUCCAUAUCAGAAAAUUAAAAAUGUAGAGCACUCUUUUGAAUACGAAGAAUGUGGGAAAGAUUUCCAUGAGAAAGCAGUUGUCAUCACAUAUAAACAAGCUCACAUAGGAGAGAGUCCUUGUGAACAUAAUCAAUAUGAUAAAACAUCCUGCAGUUGUCCAACCCUCAUGGUCCAUAAGAUGGCACAAAAAAGAGAAAAUCUUUAUGAGUUUAAUGAAUAUGGGAAAACCUUUGAGAAGCCAUGUCUCUUGAUACAUAGAGAUGAUUUGAAGGGGAAAGGUUCUGAUUGUAUUGAAAGAGUGGGUAAUUUCAGCAGGAGAUCAAACUUUCCUGAAACAAGAGAGAGAACAUUUGAAUGUAACAACUUGGAGGAACCUCUCUGGGAGAAGUCAGUUUUUAAUAUAACUCAGAGAACACACACAGGAGACAAGGUCUAUGAAUGUAGUGAAUGUGGAAAAGCAUUCUAUGAAAAGUCGAAACUCACCAAACAUCAGGGAAUGCAUGCAGGAGAGAAACUCUUUGAAUGUAAUGCAUGUGGGAAAUGCUUCUCUAGGAAAUCCCUCCUCAAUUUACAUCAGAGAAUCCACACAGGAGAGAAACCCUAUAAAUGUAAUGAAUGUGGGAAAUCCUUCUCUAGGAAUUCACACCUCAUAAUACAUCAGAGAACUCACACAGGAGAGAAACCCUAUGAAUGUAAGGAAUGUAGAAAAAGCUUCUACCACAAGUCAUAUCUCACAGUACACCAGAGAAUUCACACAGGGGAGAAACCCUAUGAAUGUAAUCAAUGUGGAAAAACCUUCAUAAGCAACUCAGUCCUCACAAUACAUCAGAAAAUACACACAGGUGAGAAACCUUAUGAGUGUAAUCAGUGUGGGAAAUUUUUUUCUAGGAAUUCAUACCUUACAAUACAUCAGAGAACUCACACAGGUGAGAAACCCUAUGAAUGUAUGGUAUGUGGGAAAACUUUCUGUCACAAGUCAGAUGUGACUAAACAUCAGAAAACUCACAUAGGAGGGAAACCCUAUGAAUGUAUUCAAUGUGGGAAAACCUUUAGUCGCAACUCAGGCCUAAAAGUACAUCAGAGAAUUCACACAAAGGAGAAACCCUAUGAAUGUAUUGAGUGUGGGAAAUCCUUCUCUGAGAAAUCAGUCCUCACAGUACAUCAGAGAAUCCACACAGGAGAAAAACCUUAUAAGUGUAAUGAAUGUGGAAAAACCUUCUACAAUAAAUCAGACCUUACUAAACACCACAGAACUCACACAGGUGAGAAACCAUAUGAAUGUAAGGAAUGUGGGAAAUUUUUCUCUAGGAAUUCUUACCUUACAGUACACCAAAGAAUUCACACAGGGGAGAAACCCUAUGUAUGUAAAAAAUGUGGGAAAAUUUUCUACCAUAAGUCAGACUAUAUGGUACAUAAGAGAACACACAGAGGGGAGAAAUCUUAUCACUGUAAUCAGUGUGGGAAAACUUUCACUUGCAAUUCAGUCCUCAAAUCACAUCAGAGAACUCACACAGGGGAGAAGCCCUAUGAAUGUGAUGAAUGUGGGAAAUCGUUCUCUGAGAAAUCAGUCCUCACUGUACAUCAGAGAAUACACACAGGGGAAAAGCCUUAUAAGUGUAAUGAUUGUGGAAAGUCCUUCUAUCAUAAGUCAGAUCUCACUAAACAUAGGAGAACACACACAGGGGAGAAACCCUAUGAAUGUAAUCAUUGUGGGAAAACCUUCAGUUGCAACUCGGGUCUGAAAGUACAUCGGAGAAGACACAUAAGGGAGAAACCCUAUGAGUGUAUUGAGUGUGGGAAAAACCUCUAAGAAAUCAGUUUUCACAGUACAUCCAAAAUUACACACAGGGUGAGACUAUUAUAAAUGUAGCAGUGAGAGAAAUCUUUCUCUAGCGAUUCAUGCCUCAAAACACUAUGGAGAAUUCACACAGGACGUGACCCCUGUGAAUGUAAAGAAUGUGAUGAAUCUUUUACCAUAAGUCAUAUUCCAAAGUAAGUAAGAGAAUACACAUAGGGGAAAAUACUGUGAAUGUGAUGAAUAUUUGGAAAUCUAUUAUAAAUAAUACCACUAAAAAUGACUAAAUAUAUGUGGAAGCAACCCUACUAAUGCAUGUAGGGAAUGUGGAGAAAUAAUUUUAUUAUAAAUCAGAGCUUAUUAAACAAAGACUUUACAUAGGAGAUAAUCCCUAUGAAUCAAAUGGAUGUAGGAAAUUGUUCCUCCAGUAUUUGGCCAUUAAUAACAAUC